CUGAAAAUAGGGCGUAUGAAACAAAGCAAUUAAAAGUUAUUCAAUCAAGUUGAAAAAAAGAUUGUUUAUACUAGUAGUGUUUUCCUUCCUUUUUCGCUAGCAUGUCAAGAUCCGUUCAAGCAAAAGCUUUAGUUGAAACCUUAUUGACGAUUCCUACUGUUCGAAUUCAAAACGUGCCACGGACAACAGAAAAAUUACAAAAGGUCAUUCAAGAUGGCAAACACAACCUUCAUUUCAUUAGCGACUUUGACAUGACCAUGACUCGCCAUUGGAUUCGUAACCGAAUCACGGAUGCUUUAGAACGCAAUUCGUCCUCCCACGGCAUUCCGGCCAGAUCAAGUAUCAUGACACAAGAGUAUAAAGACGAAACGCAUCGUAUAUAUAACAAGUACUAUCCUAUUGAAAUAGAUCAAACCAUGACGUUUGAAGAAAAAGUACCUUACAUGAUGACUUGGUGGAAAGAAGCGCACGCUAGUAUCGUUCAACAAAAGUUGAAGAAGCAAGAUUUACAGGAAAUGGUCAAGCAAGUCAGUAUGGAGUUACGGUCAGGUCUGGACCGUGUGCUAGCCCACUGUAGACAUCAUAGUGUGCCGUUUCUCGUCUUUUCUGCGGGUAUUGGCGAUUUGAUUGAAGAGAUAUUACGACAAGCGGAUCUCUACUAUGAAAAUAUGCAUGUUGUAUCCAAUAUGAUGGUCUUUGACAAAGAUAAUGUUUGCAUUGAUUUUAAAGAGCCACUGAUCCAUGUCUUUAACAAGUCAGAAUUUCAACUGGAAACGUCACCGUAUCAUCGAUUGAUUGAAGAACGACGCAACGUCAUUUUGAUGGGAGAUAGUCUUGGAGAUCUCCAGAUGAGUCAAGGACUUAAGCAUGAUUUAUGCCUAAACAUUGGGUUCCUGAAUCACGAUAUAAAAUCGUUGGAACCAGCCUACAUGGCAGCCUUUGACAUUGUCAUUGAAGGUGAUGCAAAUAUGAACCCCGUCAUGGAAAUUCUUGAGCAAAUCCAGUAGUCAACCAAGACCUGAAUUUUUGCUUUGAUUUAUGAUAAACCAACCCCUCCUUUGAUGUCGAUCGACAACUCGUUUGUUUUUUUUAAUAAAAAUAAGAUAAAAAUGGAGCAGUG